AUGAACGCCCUCUCGGGUAUCGCCUAUGACCUCCUUGACAAAGGUCUCGUUCCGGACUUCAUCCUCCGAAGAGCUAUCCGGGCUCUAUGCCGUCAACGCUUGCGCGAGAUAGACCACGGCUCCCUCGAGAAAAACCAUGCUGCCAAAAUGAAAUUUAUUGAGGAAGUCCGGGCUAGAAAGGCAAUUGCUGAUGUACCAGAGAAGGCGAACGAACAACACUAUGAGGUUUCAACCGAAUUUAUACUGUCGACCUUGGGGCCAUACGCAAAGUACUCGUCUUGCUUAUACCCGACGGGGAAUGAAACUUUGGCGGAAGCUGAAGUACUUAUGUUGGAAAGCUAUUGCGAGAAGGCACAGCUGCGAGACGGGCUUGAUGUCCUGGAUUUGGGAUGUGGCUGGGGGAGUCUCUCUCUGUUUCUCGCUCAAGUAGGGUCCACUACGUUGGGCGGCGCUACUUUUGUGCUAAAUUUGGACUCGCAGAAAUACCCCAACUCAAUGAUCACUGGACUGUCUAAUUCGUCGACACAACGACAACACAUCCUUUCGGUCGCGGAGCAACGGAAUUUGAAGAAUUUGGAGAUCAUUACGGCAGACGUGAACACCUUUGACUUUUCCGGAGACAAGCGCUUUGAUCGAAUAUUAUCUAUUGAGGUGCGCUGCGUACUCAAUGUCAGCCAUCAAUCCAUUCCCUCACACGUUACCAAGCAGAUGUUUGAACACAUGAAAAAUUACGAAGCACUGUUCAAGAAAGUCUCUACGUGGCUGAAACCAAAAUCCCCAAAAGAAGAAACCAGCGCUCCGAACGACACACUGCUUGACGAGUCACUCUUGUUUAUCCAUAUCUUUUGCCACCGCACUUCCCCAUACCAUUUUGUUGAAGACGACGGAUGGAUGGCAAAGAAUUUCUUUUCAGGCGGGACAAUGCCGUCCCACGACCUUUUUCUUUAUUUCCAGAAUGAUCUUUCCCUUAUUCGCAGUUGGUAUCUUCCUGGCACGCAUUAUUCUCGUACUCUCGAGGAUUGGCUCUGCCUUCAGGAUUCAAAUCGGAAAGAAGGUCUAAAGCAAUUGGAAAGCGACGCUAUUGCAAAAGGCAAGCCUGCAAUUCAAGGAACCAAGACAUUCUACAGAUUUCGUGUUUUCUACAUGGCAUGCUCGGAGCUGUUCAAUAUGGAUGGUGGCCAACAGUGGGGUGUUGGACAUUAUCUUUUCAAAGCCAAGUAG